AUGCAGGUCCUUACGCUGGCCAUCAUUGUCACACUGCUGCCCCAUCUUGCCCUUGUCAACGGGUACAGCGUGCACCUCAAUGUCACCUCGGAGUCGUCCACCGACGCCGCCGUAGCCAGCCGCUCCAAUCCGGAGACGCUGUUUCCCCUGGCUCUGGCACUAGCCGCUCCAGCAAUCGCCAUAGCAGUGGGAACACUGAAGCCCGUUCUCCUGGCCUUGGGGCUGAUCUACCUGGCCUUGUAUGGCCUCACCUACAUUCCCGUGGUGGGUGAAAUACUGCACGCCACCUUCCGCGCCUUCGACUCUGCCGUCGCCGACUCCGUGUCGCCGAGCUUGGGCCGAGAACUGCUUCGAGUCGUGGGCCUGGACACUGAGCCCUGUCGCAUCCGCGCAGUCUGCGAGGUCACCGAGGACGCGGUCCGCAAGUACCCCACGGUCGCGGCCAUGCUGCGGUCCCUCACCGGCGCCGUUCAAGCACACGGGAACAACGAGAGCCUCCUGAAGGGACUGCUGGGAGGACUGUCCGGUCUCGGCUGCGAGGCGCUCUACUCGACCUGUGCUCAGUCGCCGUUCGAAGGGUUUCUCAAGACCACGUCGUAG